UCAAGUUUGCCGUCAGGAAGAGUUUCUCGGCGCACAACAACAGUGUUCUGUUAAAUAAUGUCAUUCUGUGUUACACAACUUAUAAGCUUGAUUAUCAUUGAGUAACAUUGUCAAGUAAUUGUAUUGAAGUGUUAUCUCGAAAAUGACCGAAGAGGGUGGCAAGAGCCAGGGCAUAAAGAUCCUUGGCAUCAUUGAUAUUCAGAACACUCCAUGUGCUCGGGAAUCUAUUCUGCAUGGUGCAGGUGGAUCACUAGUGGCAGGUUUAGUGCACUUUUUGGCAACAAGUAGAGUAAAGAGGUCGUUUGAUGUGGGUCUCGCAGGAUUUAUGCUUACAACACUGGGUUCAUGGUUGUACUGCAGAUUUAAUAAUGCCAAGCUACGUGUUCAACAGAGAAUCAUUCAAGACGGCAUAAAGAAUAAAGUCAUAUAUGAAGGGACAAAUUUAGACCCUACACGCAAAACAAGAUAAAAGAAUAAAAGUUCCUGGUCUGAGACCAUUAUAUUACCUUUAUAGUGAAUGUUGAUUUAUUUAUUGUAUGAUAAAUAUGUUUUUACUUAAAACAAUUAUUGGGCUUCCAUUUCAUUAAACUAAUGUAAAGCAGUGAUUACAGUCUUACAGGUCUUCAUGUUUUAAUAAAACAGGUUGAGCCUCUCAUGGUGACCAG